AGGCGCGCGACCCACGCACGGCUCUGCUCGCGGGCCAGUGCGCUCGGGGCUGUUCCCAGUGGGGACGGGCGGGGCGAAGGCUUCCUCCCUCCUCCUCCUCCUCCUCCUCCACUCCUCCUCUUGUCUUCCCCUCCCUCCUCCUCCUCCUCUCCUCCUCCCUUCUUUUCCUCCUCCUCCUCCCCCUCCCCUGGUCCCUUUUCCUAGGGCCCGGCCCCUUCCCCCUCCGUGAGCGGGGCCGUGCGGCAGCAGCGCCUCCUCCUUCUCCUCCUCCUCCUCCUCCUCCUCCUUCUCCUCUCCCCCCUCCUCCUCCUUCUCCUGGCCGUGCCGGACAAUAGGGGCGAGCGCAGUGUGUGUCUCACCCAAAGCGGCCCCCCCCGGCCGGCAUCGCCUCCAUGCGCGGCGCCGGGCAGCGGGGCUGACAGCGGCUCCCGCCGGCAGCAGCGAAGCUGAGGAAGCGGCGGCGGCCCCGGGCUUCGGGCCGGGACUCGCCGCCUCGGGCGCUGACAGAGGCGUCCCGCUUCGCCGCCUCCCCCUCGCUCCCGGCGGCGGUUCCCGCCAGGCUUUGGCGGCGGAGGACAAAGGCCCGGGGCCCGGCGCGGCCCGGCCCGACCCCCCGGGGGGUGUGGGGGCGGUGAGGAGGCGCCGGGCCCCGCGGGCGUUUUGCCGCGGGUUUCCCCCCGCCGCCCCGCUGCGGCGAGCCCUGCGCGGGCAGGUGCGGCGGCGGGUGAGGCCGCUGCCCUGCAGCGGGUCGGCGCACGGAGGCUUCUUCAAUGGAAGUAUGUUACCAGCUGCCGGUGCUGCCGCUGGACAGGCCGGUGCCGCAGCACGUCCUCAGCCGCAGAGGGGCCAUCAGCUUCAGCUCCAGCUCCGCGCUCUUCGGCUGCCCCAACCCCCGGCAGCUCUCGCAGAGACGUGGAGCAAUUUCCUAUGACAGCUCGGACCAGACUGCGCUCUACAUUCGUAUGCUAGGAGAUGUGCGAGUAAGAAGUCGGGCAGGAUUUGAGACAGAGAGAAGAGGCUCUCAUCCAUACAUUGAUUUCCGUAUUUUUCACUCAAAUUCUGAGAUCGAGGUGUCUGUGUCUGCGCGGAAUGUGAGGCGCUUGCUUAGCUUCCAGAGGUACCUGAGAUCUUCCCGCUUUUUCCGUGGUAUCACUGUCCCAAACUCAUCCAACAUCUUAGAUGAUGAUUAUAAUGGACAAGCAAAGUGCAUGCUGGAGAAGGUUGGAAAUUGGAAUUUUGAUAUUUUCCUUUUUGAUAGGCUGACAAAUGGAAACAGUCUGGUCAGCUUAACCUUUCACCUCUUCAACCUCCACGGCCUGAUUGAGCACUUCCACUUAGAUACCAUGAAACUCCGGAGGUUUCUGGUUAUGGUUCAGGAAGAUUAUCACAGUCAGAACCCUUACCACAAUGCAGUCCAUGCUGCUGAUGUGACUCAGGCCAUGCACUGUUACUUAAAAGAGCCCAAGCUUUCCAGAUCUUUAACUCCAUGGGAUGUCCUGCUCAGUUUAAUAGCAGCUGCCACUCAUGAUUUGGAUCACCCAGGUGUUAACCAACCCUUCCUAAUUAAAACAAACCAUUACUUAGCAACUUUAUAUAAGAAUACCUCAGUACUGGAGAACCAUCACUGGAGAUCAGCAGUGGGCUUGCUGCGGGAGUCUGGGUUAUUUGCACACAUGUCCUUGGAGAACAGGCAGCUGAUGGAAAGCCAGAUAGGAGAUCUGAUUCUUGCCACUGACAUCAGCCAGCAGAACGAGUACUUGUCCAUGUUUCGGUCCCACCUGGACAGAGGAGACCUAUGUCUGGAGAAUGCCAACCACCGACACUUCAUCCUGCAGAUGGCUCUGAAGUGUGCUGAUAUCUGCAACCCCUGCCGGACGUGGGAGCUGAGCAAGCAGUGGAGUGAAAAAGUAACAGAGGAGUUCUUCCAUCAAGGAGACAUCGAAAAGAAAUACCACUUGGGUGUGAGUCCUCUCUGCGACCGACAGACAGAGACCAUCGCCAACAUCCAGAUCGGCUUCAUGACGUACCUGGUGGAGCCCCUGUUCGGGGAGUGGGCGAGGUUCUCCAACACGCGGCUCUCGCAGACCAUGCUGGGCCACCUGGGACUCAACAAGGCCAGCUGGAAGGGGGUGCAGCGGGAGCAGGCCGCCGGUGCUGCCGACGACGUGGACCCUGCCUUCGAGGAGAUGGACUCAGACUUAUUACCUCAGGAACCUCGACUGUCCUGACCUCGACCUGCGCGACGAAACUGCCUCUUCCCUCGGCGUCUGCAGGGCUGGGUGGCAGGAGCUGCUCCCCAGCCCCCGGCUUUGGUCCGAAGUGAUGCCAGCGUUAUUUAUUUCCAGCUUUCCUUCGACUCAGCCCCUCGGGACCCCUGCCAGGCCAGAACCCAGAGCAAUACCAGGCCGGUUUGCGUGUGGAACCUCCAAUAUGCAAAGCACAGCAGUGACUGAGCCGUGGAGGAGCAGUGCCAGAGCCUCACCCUGCCUCAUGGCUUCCUUCUUUUCCUUGGUUUCAUUUGGGAAAAAAAGAAAACAAAAGCAAAGGCUCUUCAAAAUCCCAGCUCGGGAUCCUUCCACUUCCCUGGGAUCCAGGCAGAGCUGUGGGAAGCAGAAGCCUUCCUCCCAGCCCCUCUUUUCAUACGGAAAUGUGAAGUGCCCAUCCUCUGCUGCCUCUGGCCAGACUCGAUGUUUACAAACGAACUCUGAAACUCUUGGUCCUAGACUCAAAACCUUUGCGCAUGGCUGUGAAGGAACCACUGAAAAAAACUUUGGGGUUGGUUGGGGUUUGGUUCUUUUUUUUUCUUCUCGUUGUUGUUGUUUGUUUCAGUUUUGUUUUCCUUAAUUUUUCUAAAGAUCAAAGUCGAGACUGCAGCUCUUCGGAUGCCAGAAACGAGCCUCCCUCUUUGCCAUAGCUCAGUCUGAGCACCGGGCACUGAGCACAGCUUCGCUCCGCUGCUGGCUGCGAAUGCAAGUUUUUGUUGGCGGGGAAAAAAACCAAACGGACAAAAAAUCAACAAAAUCUUCUGGGAUUCGGGAAGGGGCAAAAGGGAAAAACUGGGGGAGGGAACGAAGAAAGAAAGGAAGUGCGGGGGGGGCUGGGAGGUUGGGGCGCGGGGGGCGCAUGGCGCCGGGCAGUGGAAGCACCGCAUGCUGCUUGCACUCCUGUACACUUGAACUGCAGACGCGGGAAAAGAGCACCCGGAGGUGGAAUGUCUGAGCAGCAGCAGCAGCACCGCGGGCGGCUCAGGGGACCGGCAGAGGCCUCUGGCGCUGCAGCCUGCACGGCCCCGUGCGGUGCGGAGCGUGGCUGGGGGGUGGGAGGGCAGUGGGGAGGGGGAGAGGGGCAGCAGCUCUCUGCUUGGGCUCGGCUCGGGGGGGCUGUCUUCGUUGUCAGCCUUGGUGCGUUUGCCUUUUUUUGUGUGUUCCUUUUUGUAUUCCCCUUCUUGUAUUUUCCUUUUUUUUGUCAUUUCUUUUUCCUUUUCUUGUGACUCUUUUUUUUUGUGGCUUUCCUUUGGUUUUUCUUUUGUGCUUUUUAAUUUUGUUUUUCCUUUUUUCCUUUUCGAUUUUUUCCUCUUUUUGUGAUUUUUUUUCCCCUAUUUUGUAUUUUUUCUGUUUUUUCCUUUGUUUUUGUUUCCUUUUUUUUGUGUGUGCUUUUCUGUUUUUCCCUUUCUGUGUUCUUUAGUGUGGUUUCUUUUUCACUUUUUCGUCUCUGCUUUCCUUUUCUGUGCUUGUUUUGUGUUCUUUUCCCCCCAUUUUUGGUGCUCCCCUCCCGUCCUUUUUUUUUUAUGCCUACCCUUUUCUUCUAAUUUAUUUUCCACCGUGACAGUUUUCACCGACAGCCACACCUCGGGGGAGGGAGGGGAAGGAAACUGUAACAAAUCGCUACAGCUGCCUUAAACUAUGCACAAAGCUAAGUGACCAAAUUUGUGUUUUUUUGGGUUGUUUUUGAUUUGAGCAGCAAAUGCUACUAACAAAUAACCCCCCCCGGCCAGACCCCAGGAGAAGUGCAUUGUUUACCUGUUCCUCCCUUGGAGACAUCACCCACCGGACGGGGGCUUGGAUGGGGAAGCCAAAAGCCAGUCCGACAGGGAGCAAGGAGAAAUGGGGGUUUAAGAGAACAAAGGACUACUUCUAACUGCAAACAUUCCAUUGCUGGGGCUGCUCGGAGCUGGGCUGCAGGGGAGCAGGCGCAGCUGGCGGCGAGGCAGAGCUCCUGGUGCUGUUGGUCCGUCGGUGUCUCCUGCUUGUUCUCGCACCAUACUCUUCCUUACUUCUGUUUACAGCCAUGGGGGGAGAGAGCUGCAGCCUAAAGCCAUCCGCAGUGGCUUUGCCAUACCUGUCUGAAACGUGCCUGUUGCUGUUACCUGUCCAUGAACAAACUUCUCACCUGACGCUCCUGGACCGAGACCUCCCGACUGAGCCCGGCGCAUGGAGGGUAGCCCAAGGCUGCAGCCAGCUUCUGGAUCUGAGAACACUUUAAUUAGUCCUGACCUGCCAGAAUUGAUCACCUCUCGGAGCUUGGCCUUUCUGAAGAGCAAAUCCUGACUUCACCUAGUUGUUUCCCUUCCAAAACGAUGCUGUCGAGGCUGUUCCCUUCCAAGCUGAAGCUGUUGCUGGUUCUUUCCUGUUCCCGAAGUAGUUGCCAUGACUCUCACAGUGGCCAUGUUGAAAGAAAUAAAUUUCUACUGAAACCAUC